AAUGCUCGAAGGCAUGGAGGUGUUUGUGCUUCAGUGGACAUAACAACCCGAGCUAUAGGGAAAUUGGUGAAGAAUCCCAUCAGCUCUCUCAGGUACAGGGGACCUCAUAAAGUUGGAAGGUCUAGUGAGAAGAUGGUUUGAGAUAUCUACUCUUUAAAACAAUUUAUUCUUUUAUUCUUUACACUCUAGCAUAGUAACCACCUCAUUGUAAAUUCUCCAAUGAUCAAUAAAUUUGAAAUUUCAUUUAAAAAAAAUAUUAAGUACAUUUAUACGUACUGUGGUAUGGUCAUCAGGUACCAUUUGUGGUUUAUAUUUUGUAUCAUUUGCAUGUGCAAAGGAUAAUAGCAAGACUUUUCUUGAAAAUUCACGGAACGUUUAAAGACGUAUAAUGGAAACGGUCCAAAAUAUCCUAGAAAAUAGCCAGCCAAUACUGGUCCUAAAGAAUUUCAAUAUUCCUUAAAACAUAAAGGAUGUAAACAAAUCAAAUAAAAACAAAGUCAAGUCAACAAACGAGAGUCAAAAUAGUAAUAAAAAUCAAAUACAAAUCGAAACAGCUAGCUACCAUCAACAUUUGCAUUUAAAUAGAUGAUCAUAUUCGUUUAGCAUUUCUGCUCUUGUCAACAUAAUAACCUGAGCCCUCUCGCUCUCUCUCUUUCCAUAAUCGCCCAUGCAGAUACUUACGCCUAACACCGACUUAUUCCACCCACAACGUAAACUUUUUACAUGCAGUACCAUAACCUCGACGUUGAUCCCAACGAAGCCACUCUCCGUUUCUACGGCACGGAAAACAAACAGAGAACAUCUCAGAAACCUUGAGAACGUUCUUAAAACCUCCACAACCUCUACAGAUAAUCACGACAAUAACGUAUCUUCUCGUCCAGUUAAGACGACAACGUCAACGUCUACGUUACUAGGAGGUUUGAGUUUGGCGAGAAUCUGGCCUCAUAUGAAAGCCGCCGUUGACGAAAUGUCUCCGAGGAUUCUAAAGCGGCUUCAAAGACUUCUCUCAAAAUCAUCGGAGGAGCGUUCGCCUAAGAAUAAACUCGGGUCUAACUGGCGAGAGCUACACGGGUCCAAUAACUGGGCCGGGUUGCUUGAUCCUCUAGACGAGAAUCUACGGCGAGAGAUUGUCCGUUACGGUGAGUUUGUGCAGGCGUCUUAUCACGCGUUUCACUCGGACCCGGAAGGCUCGCCGAGAGACAUCGCGUUACCAGAUGGUUCAUUUAAAGUGACCAAAAGUCUUUACGCCACGUCAUCGGUUCGUUUACCUAAAUGGAUCGAUGACGUGGCACCUGAUCUUAGGUGGAUGACUAAACCGACUAGCUGGGUUGGGUACGUGGCUGUCUGUGAUGAUCCGAGGGAGAUCCGACGGAUGGGGAGGAGAGAGAUCGUCAUCGCGCUACGAGGAACCGCCACGUUGCUCGAGUGGUCAGAGAAUUUCAGACCGAAUCUGGUUUCCAUGCCUGAGCCAAAACCCGAUCCAUCCGACCCGACCCGGCCUAAAGUUGAAUGCGGGUUCAAUAGCCUCUACACGACGGCUAGCCAACAAGCGCCGAGUCUCGCCGAGUCGCUGGUCGGAGAAAUCAGCCGGCUUGUGGAUCUCUACGCCGGAGAAGAGCUGAGCAUUAGUGUCACCGGACACAGCCUCGGUGCCGCCAUCGCUCUCCUCGCAGCCGGCGAUAUCGCCGAGCGUGUCCCCAACGCGCCUCCGGUGUCGGUUUUCUCGUUCGGCGGGCCUCGUGUAGGGAACAGAGAGUUCGCUGACCGGCUAGUAUCCAAGGGAGUGAAAGUCCUCCGCGUUGUGAACAGCCAGGACGUGGUGACGAAAGUCCCCGGGAUAUUCUCCGACAAAGAUAAUAAUAGCAAGAAGGGGCAGCAGAAUCGUAUAAUGGAGAUGGUGGAGAGGAACAAUCCAUGGGCUUACUCGCACGUGGGAGCUGAGCUGCGCGUGGACAUGAAGAUGUCUCCGUACUUGAAACCUAACGCUGACGUGGCGUGCUGUCAUGACCUGGAGGCGUACUUGCACUUAGUCGACGGGUUUUUGGCUUCGAACUGUCCGUUUCGGGCAAACGCUAAAAGGAGUUUGAGGAAGCUGUUGGAUGAGCAACGGUCUAACGUCAAGGUUUUGUACACUGGAAAGUCUUUGAGACUCAACCGUGAUAGUAUUGUCGAUAAUGGAGAUGUUUUGCCUAGUCCGUCAUCGUGACCUCUGAAUUUCUCUUCCUACUUUAUUUUUAUUUUUUACUUGAACCCGUGUCCGCGCUUCGCGCGGAUUACAUAUUUAAUUAAAGAACAGUUUAAUUAAGAUUGGGAGUUUUGAUGUUUCUGAAAGUGUAAGUUAAGUUUUGUUUCUUUUAUAAUGCGAAGACGUUGGAAGCGGUGAUCAUUUUUUUAUAAACUAAAGUAAGUUUGAAUAAUAAAUUAUGUUGAUGAAUUUAAUAUUCGUAAGAGAAAAUAAUAUUUGAGUGUACUUAUUUAAUUGACGUAGAAAGCUGUAACGUAAAUUUUAAAAAAGUUGACUGGUGUCGUUUGCUAUGAAGUUUAGGAUAGCAAUUUAUUCCUCUUUUGGAAGCGUUGUAUGAUAUCAAUAUCGUUGUCAAAGUAGAAGCGCGAUCCAGGUGUGGUUAUGAGUGAUAGUUUCCCUGAAAAAGUGAAAUAUUUGUAAGCAUUUAGUUUGACAUAAACUUUAUGUUUAGUUUAUUACCUUCAUGUAACCGUAGAAUGAUACUUGGGAUGAUUACGAUUUGGUUUUUUUGGUAGAUAUGGGAUUUAACUCCCUGAAAUUAGACGUCUCUUUGUCCCAUAAAGUUAAACGUACCAGUUUGGAUCUACAAAUAAUUAUUGUAUUAUAUUUCAAAUUUUUAUAUUUUCUAUAUAUCUAGGGUAUUAGGGUCAUUUUGGGCAUUUUUCUACAUGUCAUCUCUACAAUUAAAAAAAUAAACAUGAGACAGAUAAUUUUAUUUAAUGUUGGUAAUAUCUUAUGCAUCAUCUAUAAAAUAAAUAUAUAUUCAUAUAUAACAUUCCAGAUUUAGUAAUAUUAUUAUUUUUAUAUAAUUAUACAAUUUGUAUUACUAAAGCUUUUUAAAAUAUGCAAUUUUUAAACAUCUAAAUAUCUAAUCAUAUGAUAUUUAGUUUCUUAUAUAUCUACAAAAUUUUAAAAAUAUUGUUUAGGCCAAAUGUUUGAUAAUUAUACAAUUUUAUAUCAUUUUUAUUAGUUUUAUACAAUUUGAUAUAAUAUAUAUCAAAUCUAUAUUAAAUUUUAUUAAGAUAAUAAUAAAAUUUAUAACAUUUAAUAAAAAUUAUUUUUAAAUAUAAGUUAGAACAACACUAAGAACCUCAAUUGAAAUAGCAUAAUAGUGGGAUGCGUGAGAAGCUUUGUGAUUCAACAUGCCUCCGGUCACUGUGACGAAAGACUAAACAAAAGCAUGUAAUUUCAUAAAAUAGAAUGAGUUUUUUAGUUUCUUGGUAUCAUAUACCGUAAAUGGAUAUUGGGCUGACUUCAGUAUUAACUGGGAUUCAAAUAAAUUGUUUGGGCUUCAUAAUUGACAUAGAUAUCAGUCCAGUCUCAGAUGAAUAGGUAGAUUGAUUGGCCA